AUGGCUGCUACGUUUUCUUAUGCCCAGGCUGCUAAGGGCGUUGCCCCCGCACAACCGUCAGCAAAGACAGCAGAGCCGAAUCAGGCCUCGAACCCAGAGGAGCAAACUGCGGGCACUACUCCUGAAGCUGAAAACACUGAGACCGUGAAGACGGAAGAGCCUCAGGAAACAGAGAAGCCUUCUGCUGACUCUGACAAGGAUAUGGAAUCCACGGCUGUCGAAAGCUCCAAGGCAGAGGUCUCAGGCACCUCCUCCCCCAGUGAGGGCACUGCUUCAACCUCGACGUUACCGAAAGAUGAUGAGGGCUCAAAUACACCGAAUGGCACGUCCGAAUCCACGUGGGAUAAGCAGUCCCAGGCCUCGGGAACUGACAAGCAAACCAAUGGAGCUGAGAAUGCUAAGGAGACAUCGGCAGAGAAGGAGAAGAGCGAGCCACCCAAAGAGCUCAAGGCUGCUCCUCUGCCUACAGUGAAUAUCUGGCAACAGAGGAAAGAGGCUCAGGAAGCCAAGGCUAAGGCCACUGCCUCGAAGCCCGCUGGCCCUGCUGCCAAAACUGGCACUUCUAAGACCGCUUCUACGGCUUCUUCGGUCUCUGGUGAUGCUCAACAGGACCAGUCCAAGGCUGGCUCAAAGAAGAAGGGAGGAGAUGCGGAUGGUGCCAAGGACAGAAGAUCCAAGGGACGCGAUGAUGCAUCCCUUCCCCCUGUAGGAGAUGCCGCUUUGUGGCCCACCCCUCAAAGUGCCCAGGGUGAGGAGAAAAAGAAGUCCGAGAAGAGCCCCGUCAUCCGCCCCUCUGGCAAAGAGAAGUGGACCCCAGUCCCUUACGUGCCUACUGCUGUUUUCACCACUCCUCUUCCUUCUGCUGCACGCCGCGGUGGAAGAGCUCCUCGUGCUGGAAGGGACGCCCGCAACGGAACCCAUGGUUCUACCGCAGCUGCGGAUAAGGCUACUGCUGCCCCAUCCAGACGAUCCAACAGCGCUGAUGCUGGAAUGGGAGACUCCCGCAAGAACCAAGCCACGGACCGCAACCGUGGACCCAAGGGCAGUGACAAUGCCAACAUCCCGCCAGCCGGUAAGCAUGGCCACGGAGGUGAUAACUUCCGUCAUCAUCGUGAAGGCAAGGGAUUCUCCAGGAAUCACGACGCUACGCACAAGGGCGGCGAUCACCACUCCAAGAACCCACACUUGCCUGUGGAUUCACAGGCUAACCCUCGCUCAGGCUCCUCCCACGAACGUCGCUUCGAAAACGGCCCCAAGUCGGCAGAAUUUGGUGGCUUCCAUGAUCGCAAAGAUAAGGACAUUCCCCGCGAGUCGCGUGCUGACAGAGGUCGUGGCUCUCACCGUGGCCGUGGCGGUUUCGGCGGCUCUCAGAACUCUCACUAUCCUAACAACCAUAUGUCUCACAAUGGUUUCAUGCACCCCAAGUCCUUUGGCUUCGGUGAGCGCCGGUCGCAACAACAUAGCUCUGGAGGCCACAGGAUGUCUUUGAGGUCGCCUUCCUUGCCAAACUCCGGUUCCAUGUAUGGUGUCUAUCCUUUCCCUACAGACAUCAACACCAUGUAUGGCUACCAGCCAGUACACCCUGGCCCCAUGACGGCUGUCCCUUAUCAGCAAUAUAUGGAGCCCUUCUCCCUGAUGAGCAUGAUCUCGAUGCAACUUGAGUACUACUUCUCUGUGGAUAACCUGUGCAAGGACUUGUUCCUUCGGAGACACAUGGACUCUCAGGGCUACGUCCCAUUGGCCUUCAUUGCUGGUUUCAAGCGCAUCAAGACUCUGACCGAGGACUUCGAGCUUCUUCGCCACGUCUCCCGCCAACUGAGAAAUGUUGAUUACCUGCAGAAUGAAGAUGGCAUUGAUAGAUUGCGCCCGAGAGACAAGUGGGAUCAGUGGGUUCUGCCUAUUGACCAGCGCGAACCCGCCGCUCAGCAUGAGGGACCUAGCAUGUUGGAUGAGACUGCGGCAGCGCAAAAUCAUGUCGAUGGCGCAGUUAACGGAUCGGCACCAACUGUCAAUGGAACUGGUGAGGCUCCAGCCUCGAAGACGUCGCUGUCGUCUGCUGCCCCAGAGUUCUCGCCUUCCAAGCCCGUGGAAGCCCAGAAUGAAGCUGCAAUUGUAAGGAUUCCCUAUGAUGCAUUUCCCGCACAACCAAGUGAAAAGCCAGUCGAUCGUAUUGGAUAUCUCUGCCAUUCUAUUUGA